UCUGCUCCUACUCCGCAGCCGCCUCCACAGAAGCAGCAUCUGACGUGUCCUGCUGCUCCGAUACCUUGGCCUUCAGUUCCAAUCUCGGUGAAGCCAGAGUCACCAAAAUCACAACCAAGACCUAUAUAUGAAGUGAAAGACGGUACUCCAACAAGGAAAAAGAAUUGCAAUUGUAAACAUUCGAGAUGCCUGAAGCUGUAUUGUGAGUGUUUUCAGGCAGGGGUUUACUGUGAUGGAUGCAACUGUACAAACUGUUGCAACAAUGAAGAAAAUGAAGCUGCCAGGCAUGAGGCUGUUGAAGUUAUUUUAGAACGCAAUGCCAAUGCAUUUAGGCCAAAAAUUGGUAGUAGUCCACAUGCCGUCAGGGACAAUAAGAUAUUAAGUAGUUCAUGCAUGGCUCAUGCAUUUGGUGUCACCGAAAAUUUGACAAGUUCACCUGGAAACUUGCGGAUGCUUUUCCAUUCCAUCAAGCUAUUGACUGACAUAUUUACUGACCAUUCUCAUUUCCAUUCAUCAUGCCAAUUUAUUACAAUUACAAACCUUUUAUGCACUACUCCGCAGCCGUCUCCACAGAAGCAGCAUCUGACGUGUCCUACUGCUCCGAUACCGCGGCCUUCAGUUCCAAUCUCGGUGAAGCCAGAGUCACCAAAAUCACGACCAAGACCUAUAUAUGAAGUGAAAGACGGUACUCCAACAAGGAAAAAGAAUUGCAAUUGUAAACAUUCGAGAUGCCUGAAGCUGUAUUGUGAGUGUUUUUCGGCAGGGGUUUACUGUGAUGGAUGCAACUGUACAAACUGUUGCAACAAUGAAGAAAAUGAAGCUGCCAGGCAUGAGGCUGUUGAAGUUAUUUUAGAACGCAACGCCAAUGCAUUUAGGCCAAAAAAUGGUAGUAGUCCACAUGCCGUCAGGGACAAUAAGGGUUUUCAUGAAAGCAGAAUGGGAAGACAGUUGGUUAGUGUUUAUGGUCAACAAGAUGAGUAUUCAAAAGAAGAAAUAAUAGAUGCUGUUGAGAAGUGCAUGAAAAAGUAUGCUGACAAUCUAUUGCGCCAUCUUGAUGGGAUCAGUGGACGGUUGUCACAACUGGAGAUAUAUUGCUACAAACUCGAGCGGUCAAUAGGUGAAUUUCAAGCUGAUAUGAUCCGUGAUCAGAGUCAAACAGAUACAAAGCUCAAGUCUCUUGAAAAACAUCUGCAAGAAGUCCGCAGGUCCAUUCAAAUUCUCAGAGACAAACAAGAGCUUGCCGAAACUCAGAAGGAGUUGACCAGACUUCAGCUAGCGCCCAGGGAAUCUGCCUCUACUACCAAGUAUCAAAACAACGAAGACACCAUCUCAUCAUCGUCAGUUCCUGAGCCCAAAAGGCACGAUGACACACCAAACGUUCCCAGUCAGCACUUAGCCCUUGCUUUGCCCAACCAGAUCCCAGUAUCAUCCUCUGUUCCCACUAGAACUCCUGAAAUGAAUCAGCUUCCAAUUCAGCAGCAGCAGUCACCUGCUCUUGCCCCUCCACUACUCCAAUUCCUCAAUUGGUCAAAACCUUUAAAUAGUUAA